AUGGGCUUAAGGCCAUAUCCUCAGCCACCUGCUGGCUUCGAUAAUAAUACUCCGUUUUGGCGCACAUCGCCUCAUAAGCUGGAUGCCCACAGGUCUACUCCCAGUUUACCAUCGGAAUGUGAUAUUUUGAUCAUUGGAGGAGGCUACUCUGGUGCCUCUGUUGCAUAUCAUAUAUUCCAAGAGAAUGAGACCCCACCAAGUACCGUCUUACUUGAGGCUAGACAGCUGUGUUCUGGGGCCACAGGGAGAAAUGCUGGCCACCUCCGGCCUGAAAUGUACGGUCAUGCCGCUAAAUUCAUUUCGCGGCAUGGGGUCGAAGCAGCAGCAGAAAUUAUUGAAUACGAGAUAUCCCAUCUUAAGAUACUCGCGGAUGUGAUUGAACGAGAAAAGAUAGACUGUGAUCUUACCUUGACUAGAUCGCUGGAUGUCUAUUUUGAUCAAGAUGUGAUGGAUAAAGUCCUUCGUGGAGUUGAGCCGUUGACAUCUGACUCCUAUCAACAGGGGAAGUAUGAUUUCAUGAGGAAUGCAAUAUUUCGAUUUCCUACUGCAGAACAACCUUUAUCUCAGGAUGACCUCAUGGAAACGAAAGUCAAGGGAGCAAAGGGGUAUAUCUCUUUCCCGGCAGGUCAUAUAUGGCCGUAUAAAUUCAUAUCAGGUCUAUUGGAGAUUGCCGUCUCCAAGGGAUUGAAUCUUCAAACAAACACUCCCGUGCUGGAAAUUAGCACUGAGCGUGACGAAGAUGGGUACUGGAAGGUUACAACUGGUAAUGAUAGAGGAAUUAUACGUGCAAAGAAUGUCAUCCUAGCAUCGAAUGCGUAUACAUCUGCUUUGGCUCCAGAAUAUGCAAAGGCAAUUGUUCCAUGCAAAGGGCUAUGCUGUCAUAUUGUGGUCCCCCCUGCGACAGAUGGGAAGAAAGAACCACCGCCUCUAAAACAUACAUAUGUUACUCGACAUGGGUCUGGAGCAGGAGGAUAUCUUAUUCCACGUCCUGAUGGGAGUAUGAUUGUUGGCGGAGCAAGCCAUACAUUCACUCCCUUGCUGGAGCAAUGGCAUAACAAUCCGGAUGAUGGAGUGUUGAUUGAUAUUGCUAAGGAGUACUUCGAUGAUUAUAUGCAACGAACUUUCGCCGGCUGGGAAGACAGUGGUGCAUAUUCAAAGGAAGUUUGGACUGGUGUAAUGGGGUAUUCCGCGGAUUCCUUGCCCCAUAUUGGCAAAGUACCUUCAAAAGAUGGCCAGCUGAUCCUUGCCGGGUUCAAUGGUCAUGGAAUGCCGGUAUGUUUUUUAGCGGGAAAGGCCAUUGCAAAGAUGGCACUGGACAACAAUGUAACCUUUGAAGAUACGGGGUUACCUCGGGUUUAUAAGACGACUGUUGAUCGCUUGCAGCCAAAGUAUAAUGAUACUUUACAACCGUGA